GCCGGGCAGCCUGGCUCGCCGUCCGCUCCGCGCCGCCGGCCCCCGCCGCAGUGUGUUUUGUGGACGGCACCUUCCCAGACAGCCAAGUAGAGCCCAGCUCGGCGCCCGGCCGCCUUCGACGUGAUGUUCCGCCGGACCUUUAAUCGUUUGUGUGCUGGAGAAGAGAAUGGAGUUGGUACACGCACAGUACUUGUUGGAAAUCAUCCAGUUUCAGAAACAGAAACUUAUGUUGCACAAAGAUUUUGUGAUAAUAGAAUAGUCUCGUCUAAGUAUACACUUUGGAAUUUCCUCCCAAAGAAUCUGUUUGAACAGUUUAGAAGAAUUGCAAAUUUUUAUUUUCUCAUCAUUUUCCUUGUACAGGUCACAGUAGACACACCAACUAGCCCAGUUACCAGUGGACUUCCACUUUUCUUUGUUAUAACUGUUACAGCCAUAAAGCAGGGAUAUGAAGAUUGGCUGAGACACAGAGCUGACAAUGAAGUCAACAAGAGCACUGUUUACAUUAUUGAAAAUGCAGAGCGAGUGAGAAAAGAGAGUGAAAAAAUCAAGGUCGGUGAUGUAGUAGAAGUACAGGCAGAUGAAACCUUUCCCUGUGAUCUUAUUCUUCUAUCAUCCUGCACUAGUGAUGGAACCUGUUAUGUUACUACAGCCAGUCUUGAUGGGGAAUCCAAUUGCAAGAUACAUUAUGCGGUACGUGAUACCAUUGCACUGUGUACAGCCGAAUCCAUUGAUACCCUCCGAGCAGCAAUUGAAUGUGAAAAGCCUCAACCUGACCUCUAUAAGUUUGCUGGACGAAUUGAUAUCUAUAAUAAUAAUUGUGUGGCUGUUGCCAGGUCUUUGGGACCUGAAAAUCUCUUGUUGAAAGGAGCUACACUAAAAAAUACCAAGAAGAUAUAUGGAGUUGCUGUUUACACUGGGAUGGAAACUAAAAUGGCUUUGAACUACCAAGGGAAAUCUCAGAAACGUUCUGCUGUUGAAAAAUCCAUUAAUGCCUUCCUGAUUGUGUAUUUAUUUAUCUUACUGACCAAAGCUGCAGUGUGCACUACACUAAAGUAUAUUUGGCAAAGUAUCCCAUAUAACGAUGAGCCUUGGUAUAACCAAAAGACCCAGAAAGAGCGGGACACUUUCAAGGUUUUGAAAAUGUUCACCGACUUCCUAUCAUUUAUGGUUCUAUUCAACUUUAUCAUUCCUGUCUCCAUGUAUGUCACAGUAGAAAUGCAGAAAUUCUUGGGCUCUUUCUUCAUUUCAUGGGAUAAGGACUUUUAUGAUGAAGAAAUUAAUGAAGGAGCCCUGGUAAACACAUCAGACCUUAAUGAAGAACUUGGUCAGGUGGAUUAUGUAUUUACAGAUAAGACUGGAACACUCACUGAAAACAGCAUGGAAUUCAUUGAAUGCUGCAUAGAUGGGCACAAGUAUAAAGGUGUAACUCAGGAAGCUGAUGGACUCUCUCAAACUGAUGGACCCUUAACUUUUUUUGACAAAGCAGAUAAGAAUCGAGAAGAGCUCUUUCUGCGUGCCUUGAGUUUAUGUCAUACUGUAGAAGUUAAAACAAAUGAUGCUGUUGAUGGACCUACGGAAUCAGCUGAAUUAACCUAUAUGUCCUCUUCACCAGAUGAAAUAGCUUUGGUGAAAGGAGCUAAAAAGUAUGGGUUCACAUUUGUAGGAAUUCAGAAUGGCCAUAUGAGAGUAGAGAACCAAAGAAAAGAAAUAGAAGAGUACGAACUACUUCAUACCUUAAACUUCGAUCCUGUCCGCCGUCGUAUGAGUGUAAUUGUGAAGACUCAAGCAGGAGACAUACUUCUCUUUUGUAAAGGAGCAGACUCAGCAGUUUUCCCCAGGGUGCAAAAUCAUGAAAUUGAGUUAACUAAAGCCCAUGUGGAACGUAAUGCAGUGGAUGGGUAUCGGACACUCUGUGUAGCCUUCAAAGAAAUUGAUCCAGAUGAUUAUGAAAGAAUUGACAGACAGCUUUUGGAGGCAAAAAUGGCCUUACAAGACAGAGAAGAAAAAAUGGAAAAGGUUUUUGAUGAUGUUGAGACAAACAUGAAUUUGAUUGGAGCCACUGCAGUGGAAGACAAGCUACAAGAUCAAGCAGCUGAGACCAUUGAAGCUCUGCAUGCGGCAGGUCUGAAAGUCUGGGUGCUUACUGGGGACAAGAUGGAGACAGCUAAAUCCACCUGCUAUGCCUGCCGCCUUUUCCAAACCAACACUGAGCUCUUGGAACUGACCACAAAAACCAUCGAAGAAUGGGAAAGGAAAGAAGAUCGAUUACAUGAAUUGUUGGUAGAAUAUUGUAAGAAGUUGCAGCAUGAAUUUCCUAGAGGUUCUAAAAACCUUAAAAAAGCAUGGACAGAACAUCAGGAAUAUGGGUUAAUCAUCGAUGGCUCCACGUUGUCACUCAUAUUAAAUCCUAGUCAAGCCUCCAGUUCUAACAAUUACAAAAGUCUUUUUCUACAAAUUUGUAUGAAGUGCACUGCAGUGCUCUGCUGCCGGAUGGCACCAUUACAGAAAGCCCAGAUUGUCAGAAUGGUGAAGAAUUUAAAAGGCAGCCCAAUAACACUGUCGAUAGGUGAUGGUGCCAAUGAUGUUAGUAUGAUCUUGGAAUCCCAUGUGGGAAUAGGUAUCAAGGGCAAAGAAGGUCGGCAAGCAGCCAGGAAUAGCGAUUAUUCUGUUCCCAAGUUUCAACAUUUAAAGAAGCUGCUAUUGGCUCAUGGGCAUCUGUAUUAUGUGAGAAUAGCGCACCUUGUACAGUAUUUCUUCUAUAAGAACCUUUGUUUCAUUUUGCCACAAUUUUUGUACCAGUUCUUCUGUGGAUUCUCACAACAGCCACUGUAUGAUGCCGCUUACCUUACAAUGUACAAUAUCUGCUUCACAUCCUUGCCCAUCCUGGCCUACAGUCUACUGGAACAGCACAUCAACAUUGACACUCUGACCUCAGAUCCCCGAUUGUAUAUGAAAAUUUCUGGCAAUGCCAUGCUACAGUUGGGCCCCUUCUUAUAUUGGACGUUUCUGGCUGCAUUUGAAGGGACUGUGUUCUUCUUUGGGACUUAUUUUAUUUUUCAGACAUCAUCCCUAGAAGAGAAUGCAAAGGUAUAUGGAAACUGGACUUUUGGAACCAUUGUUUUCACAGUCUUAGUAUUCACUGUAACUCUGAAGCUCGCCUUGGAUACUCGUUUCUGGACUUGGAUAAAUCACUUUGUGAUUUGGGGUUCUUUAGCCUUUUAUGUAUUUUUCUCAUUCUUCUGGGGAGGAAUUGUUUGGCCUUUUCUGAAACAACAGAGAAUGUAUUUCGUGUUUGCUCAAAUGCUGUCUUCUAUAUCCACAUGGUUGGCCAUAAUUCUUCUAAUAUUUAUCAGCCUUUUCCCUGAGAUUCUCCUGAUUGUAUUAAAGAAUGUAAGAAGAAGAAGUGCCAGGAAUCCGAAUAUUGAACUGCCUCUGUUAUUGUCCUACAAGCAUAUUGACAGUGGUUACAGCUAAAAAAGAAAGCAUGAAGAAACAACUACAAAAAGUUAUCAUCUCAGGAUAUUCGAUAUGCAACAAACUAAACCACUCUCUCAUAUCUAGGAUUCAGAAUAAAUGUCCAUUAAAAUACCAAAUGACUCUCUUAAGCAUUUACAGUUAUUGUAAGUAGCCAUUAUGGCCAAAGCUCUAAGUUACGAAUUAUAUGAAAGUUGAAAGCAAGAAUAUUUAGAAUUUCUGGCUUUAGAUAGAAUAAUAUAACUACCAAAUGGGUGCUCUUUUAACCCAUGAACUCUGUGAAUGGAUUUAAAUACAAUAGUAUAAAGUAGAAGUCAUGCAAUGGGAAUGAAUAGAUUUUGCUAAUAUUACUUUUUUUGCCUGGCAGAAGAAAUAGGCUAUUUGGAUCAUGUUUCUUGUUCCUGCUGAAUGAUAAUCUUAAAUUAUUUUUUUUCAAACAUAUGAAAGGAAUACUUGAAAAUACAAGAAGACUAAAUUAUAUCAAUAUAUCAGAUAGAAUAGUUAAUCCUUUCUGUUCACCCACAUGCUUAUUUUUGUCUUGAGAGACUAUCCUUGCCAAAAACUACCUUGAACACUUACGUGGAAAGAAUGUUAAUCCUAGGUAUUUUUGUGAGAAUCAAAAAAAUAUAUUUAUUUAAAUUUUUUCUUCUGAAUUAAACCCCACUUAAUGGGUAUAAGGCUACUAGAUUUGAAAAUAAAACGUUUCCAGUCACUUAGUAGCCCCUCAAAAUAGUUACGAUAAAGCAGAUUUUUCCAAUAUUAAUUUUACUGAGAUAUGAGGUAAAGUGGAGAAAACCAUAGUUACACUAAAAUAAGAAACAUUCCGAACAUCAGUCUUUUAUAAUUUUUUGAGGAGAGGAAGGAAAACUAACUUAUUUCAAACUGUUACUGGUUUUUAUUUGAAAGAGGCUGUAUUUGUGCAUAUAUGCAGCACUUUUGUUUAAGCUGCUUGUUUGGGAAGAAGGGAUCCGUCUCAAGACGGUGGUUCAGCCUGCAGAGCCAUGACUCAACGUGAAUGUUGUCUGUCUUCGCAAACUUGGCUAGGGUCAUGGUCUAGCUCUAAACCAUGAGAUUCACUUGAGUAAAGUCCUCAACUUACUGGACUAGAUGGAGGCUUUAGCCUCCUAAAGAAUUCACUUAAAACAUAAAAAUAAAUGUGAAAUGUCUUUAUUAAAUGUUAAAAUCAAACACACUUCUUUUAGAUAUAAAUGACUGGAUUUGACUACUAGAUUGAAAUGGUCUUUUGAAAAGUGUUUUCAUACCAGUUUCCAUUUUUGAUUGUCUUUCUGGCAUGCCUGUGUUUAUAUUGUACCUUAAUUUGGAAAAGUAUUGGGUUCAAUCUAUACCAGUGUAUUUAUAUAGUCCAUAUGGCACAUUUGAUUCUUCCAUAUAUAUUUUGCGUGAAUGUCUAGGUGUAAUUUUUAUUAAAUUCUAGAAAGGACAUAAUUUCAGUUAUCAGAAACUAUUCCAUCGUCACUGAUCCUUUUUCAUUAUUUCAUUUGUUCUCAUCUAUCAGUAUUAUUUUUGAGUAUUUUGUUAGGUGUCAUUCACACCUUGCCUAAGUGUGCUGUGUUCUGGUAGCCCGUAUUUGAGGUAGUCUGCUAGCAGAAAACAAAGUCUGUAUAUUCUUUGCCUAUUCCAAAGAGCUAAAAAAUCAGACCCAGGAAAGCUUUUGAUGUUUUGUUGUUGUUGUUCUUGUUUUUAUAGUUGUUGCUGUAUUGUUAUUGUUGUUUUACAUAAGAACUAUAGGGACUGUGAAUACAAAUAAGAGAGCUAGGAUAGAUAGAGAGGCUUGGUCAGUGCGGAACCAUUGGAGAUUUGACAUAAUCAGAAUAUCCAGCAUAGUGGAAAUAUAACUGGUGGCAUGUAAAAUUCCUUGCAGCCGGGAAGAAAGAUGAGUAGGAGGGAUUUAGAGUCAUGUCUCAGCUACACAUUACACUGCAGCUCAAAUUCACAAUGGCAAUGAUGUGUAAUAUCAUGGCCUAGAUCCUUGAGAGGUAUCUGACUUUCCUUUUUGAAAGAUAUUUUAUUAAUGAGCUAAAAAAUGGCUAGUGUGGGGUUAGCAGUUGGAAUAACUUGAAGUAAGCCAUCCAGUAUCCCUUGCACUACAAUCUAACCACCUUAUUUUGUGAUAGAGGAAGGGGAAAAAUGUAAUAAUAGGAUCAUAUACCCAUCAUUUGAAUAAUUUUAAACUAUCAAAAUGUCCUUGUAAUUUUCACAACUGUUGUCCAUUGUUUGAGGAUGUUACCUACUAAAUUGAAAACAUAAAUUCCAUAUCUACCACAUUUACACCAGCAACAGUAUAAAUGUAAGCCUAAAUUUGCAAAAUUCAUAAUAUUUAGUGAUGGAAUUUUUUAAUAACAUGCAAUAUAUAAAUGUGCAGAUUUUAUGCAAGUGUUGACAAAACCAUUUUUCAGCUUGCAAAAUGGGACUGCAAUAUUACAUUUUUCACUUAAGCAAUUUUUUACAUCUAUGUUGUUGCUUUCUAUAAUGAAUGUGAAUGCCAUCUUUUAUGAAUGCAACUUGCCUUUUUCAUUACAGAAAUUUUUGUUUGAUGUAAUCAAUAAACUUUGGUAUGAUAUGAUUGA